AUGGAUUCGGACGAGGAAGACAGCUAUAGCCUCGGAACCCAGCAGCUGGGCGAUGGCAACCCAUUGAGAACCUUUUCUCUUGACAACCUCCCGGCUGAAUUCGUUGCAUUCCUGGCAAAGAACGAAAUCGACCCCGCCAUAUACACUGUCACAGACUUGCCCAGAUAUGUUCGCCUCAACCCCGAUCCUCAUCUCACUAUCACACCCGAGGAGCUGGAGAAGCAGCUGGGCACCAAGGUCGAACCCGUACCUGGACUCGAAGCAUUCUGUAGGCUCGAUGGUCAAGCUAAGCUCAGAAACACACAGGCUUACAAGGAUGGCAGGAUAUUUGGCAUGGAUCUCAGCUCAGGAAUUGCUGUGUAUGCUCUGGACGUCCAGCCAGGAGAGCACGUCCUAGACAUUUGCUGCGCACCAGGCGCUAAACUAUGUAUGAUUGCAGGACUCUUGACCAACUCGGGGCAUAUCCAGUCCGAUCGUUCAGGGGGCGGAAACCAAUUGCAGAUGGACAUUACAGGAACGGUGACUGGAGUCGACAUCUCUCCACAUCGUCUCUCAACCUGCAGGAGCCUUUUGAAGCGCCAUCGUCUGCAACAAUGUGCUAGACUCUUUCAGGCAGACGGAACAAAGUUUAGUGUGAUGAGGCCAAGUGCGAUCGACACGAUCCGUGCCAGGAUCAUGGCCAAUCCCUCUGGCACAAAGAAGACUGCAACAGAUGGCCAAUCUGGUUCACAGGCCAAGCGAGCAUUGGAGGAUGAAGAUAACAAUAAUGAUGGUUAUGGACAAGGAGAGAGCUCACAGAUGGUGGUGGAUGGCGGUCAAGAGUCAGCGGUAAGGCAACAGUUUCACAUCAACUCUUUGGAAAGCGAGAGUACCCUUAAACGACACAGGGCCACAUUUGAUACUCUGAAGGGAUUGGUCACAGGAUCGACAGGAGCGUCGGCACUGUUCAAUGGAACAGACACGAAUGGUGACCAGGAAAAGGUGAUGCCCUUUUUUGCACCAAAGAUUCUGCGCAACGACCCUCAGCUCCACACCGAGGCGUACAAGUAUGACAAAGUAAUUGUCGAUGCUGAAUGCACACAUGAUGGAUCGAUUGCGCAUAUUCUGAAGUACGAGGCGUGGGGCUGGGACAGCUUCCACAAGAACUUUAUGUCGCAGGAUCGCCUUGAUUCUCUGUCCGACCUUCAGCGUGGCCUUUUGAUGAACGGAUUCCGAAUGACAAAGGCUGGAGGAAUCAUUGUCUACUCGACCUGCUCCCUGUCUCGAGCGCAGAACGAGGAUAUUGUGGCUUGGUUCAUUGCCGGCAUGAGAGGAAGGGCUGUGCUGGAACCAUUGCCAAAACAUGCCCUGGGCAUUCAGACGGCUACCUGCAAACGGCCCUGUCGAUCGAUUGUUGCCAGCGCCUCGGGCCUCCCAACGGCGACGGACCCGAGUGGCCAGGUGCAGUGGCAAGGGACACCACAACAAGAGGCCGAUAUGGAGAAAUUCCAGGACCACAUCCAGGAGAUGUGCCUGAGGUAUGAUCCAUUAGCCAGCAAAACAAGCGGCUUUUUCUUGGCCCGGAUACGAAAAAUUGCAUAG